ACCAAUGGGCUCGCAGCUGAGAGCCGCAGACAGGAAGUCAGACAGUACUGAGAGACGGACCGACAUGUUGUUGGUUUUGGGUUUUCAUAUGGGAUUUGUUGAUAAUGAGAAAAAACAGGGAAUAUCACCUGCAUAAUCCUUUAAAGUGGAGUUUGGUUUAGGUUUUAUUGUCUCAGAUGGUUUAAAUGUUGUUUCAGAGGCUUUUCCUCCACGAUAAGAACAAAACUCUGCAGGGAAACAAAACUGGAAAUCUGUUGGAAAAGGAAAAUUGUAUCUUGGACUUUUCAAUCCAAUCUGGUCAAAUCAAACGAUUAAUUGUACCAGACAGAGUACUCCAGACAUUGCAGAGGGACGACGCACAAAGAAGAGUUAUGAAAGGGAGAGAGAAAGGAGGGUGGAGAACGAUGGAGAGAUAAACAGAGACGUCUCUUCUUUCUGCUCUGAAUAUAUUUUUGCUGUUUCAUGGUGAAGGAGGUCACGUCGCAGGCAGAAGGCCCAGUUCUUCUUCGGCAGAACAAUGAAGACGGGCCUCCCCCUCCUCCCCCCAGUCCUCAGCCUUUGUCUGUGGACGCAGCAGGUGAGAGGGAGCCUGAAAGUUUUGUUUCGGGCGAGGUUUAUAAAUGGAUCAAAGCCUCCUCGAUCCUGCUCAUCUUCCACAAAUCUCCAGACGAUGCUGCUCGACUCAGACGGCGCGAUGUUGUCAAGGCUGCUGGGCGUUCUCGUGCUCUCCUCCAUCUGCUCAGCCAUGCUGCUACCAAACAACAACUCCACGGAGUCCAGCGAAGAGGACGGCUCCACCAUGGACCCCAACACCUACCACUGGCCCGACUCAAAUGAGGGGGAGUCGUCUAAGUCGUCAAAUUCGUCAACGUCGUCCGAGUCAUCGGAGAACAGCCCCCCCUGGUUACCCAUUUCCCGCAGCGGCCCCCUGCAGAUGCCCCCAACAGGACAGUGGCCACCCAUUGGCAACAUAACUGACUUCUCUGACAAUCGCCGGAUGCUCGGGGCCACCGACCCGGCAAUGCCCCCCCUGCCUGAUACAGUGAUCUGUGACAUGCUGUUGAACGCACCGGUUCCGCCGCCUAUCGACCAGAUUCCUUUUUUCUGCCUCUGCUCGCACUGUAAGGGCACCAAGGGGCCCAAAGGAGACCGUGGAGACAGGGGCCCUCCAGGUGCACCUGGGAGUCCUGGGACAAGAGGAAUGAUGGGGUUCAAAGGUCGUCCAGGAUUCACAGGCUCUCAGGGGAUAAAGGGUCAGAAGGGAGACCUGGGAGAUAAAGGGCAGCCUGGUGUUUCCGGUUUCACCGGGAUGAAGGGCGAGCAAGGCUUCAAAGGAGAAAAAGGGGACCGCGGAUUGGUAGGCCCUGCAGGUGCACAGGGCCCCCAGGGAGAAACUGGCAUAUGCCCUGCCUCUUGCGACAGUGUCCAGGGUCCACCGGGUCUACAAGGCACCCCUGGACCAGCCGGAGCCCGGGGUCUGCCUGGGGUCCAGGGACCUAUGGGACCCAAAGGUUCUAUGGGUGAUAAGGGUGACAUGGGUAGACCCGGCAAUCCCGGGAUGAACGGCCAGAAGGGUGAUCUUGGUGAGAAGGGGAUGUGCAACUGCACAGAUGGGGCAAACGGCCAUGAUGGGAGACCAGGAGAAAAGGGGACUAAGGGGGACAAAGGUGACACUGGUGCCCAGGGGGUACAGGGCCCCAUAGGGCUAAAAGGCCACGAGGGUAGCAUGGGUCUCAUGGGGCCGCCCGGUCCCUGCUCCCCAGCCAUCCAAUCGGCAUUCUCUGCAUGUAUCAACCAGUCGUUUCCUGUUCAAGACUUCCCUAUUCCUUUCCCACACGUCCUUACCAACCAGCAGGGGCACUUCAACCCAAUCAUGGGCAUGUACACGGCCCCCAUCAACGGUACCUACGUCUUCAGCUUCCACCUAGCGGUCGCCGAAAAACCUCUUAAGGUCGGCCUGUUCCUUAACUUCUACCCUGUAGUCAGAAUGACAGAAGCAACCAACCAGGCCACCACCAGUCAAACUAUUGUCCUCCACCUCAACUUAGGAGACCGGGUGUGGAUGCAGGUGAAGAGCGCAUUCACCAACGGCAUGUACACCGACUCUGAGAGCAGCAGCACAUUCUCCGGGUAUCUGCUGCACCCCGACUCCUGCGAAAUGCCUGUGGGCCGACAUCACUUGUCCCCAGUGCAAUUUUCUCAGAGAGGCUUCAGCUGGGAUGGUCCUCCAGGCCCCACCACCCCCACACCUCAGCAAUAAUAGGCUCCAGUCCAUCAGUCAGUCACACAAGUUAUAGACAAAGCAUCCACACACACCCAAUCAAACACUCAGUGUAUUUAUAACUGCAAGUUUUAAAGGAGGGGUAUUCUAGAAAAGCAGAAUUGUCCAUUUUUUACAUUUUCUGUCAGAGAAGUUACUGUGGCACUUCCAUUCGAGGACUGAAUCUGUGUCAUUCUAGACAUGGUCUCUGGUAGUUGAGUAUCGUAGGAGGUAAGGGGCGGGGCCAGCAGAACUAACAGCCAAUAAGUGCUGUUAUUACACUGCAACAUAUUUUUAAAUCAAUUAAUAAAAACAAAAGAAUUUCCUCCAUAUCAAGUCCUGUUUUAGUAGCCAUGCUAGUGACCGACUGAAUCCCAAUGACUUGAGAUUGACAAUUGUUAUGGAUUGCCAUGAAAUUUGGUUCAGACGUUCACGUUCCCCUCGGGAUGAAUUGUAAUAACUUUGGUGAUCCUCUGACUUUUCAUCUACCGCCACCAUCAGGUCAGAAUGAAUUUAUAUUUUUAUUUUUACGUUUAAUUGUUUUGUUGUAUUGGGAGUCCUAGAAACCAAACAACUUGGAGAAACUAGAAGAUAUUUGAAGAAAUUAAGCAGGAAAAUACCCUCCCUUUAAAUGUGGAGAUAAAUUCACUCUUAUGAUUCAACACUCACUGAAAUAUGAAAAUGCAUGUAGUCUUACACGUGCCAGCUUGACAAAUGCAUUUGAUCAUGCGCUUGACACACAUAAUAAAUGGCUAGAUCGCCGAGCUGGCUGCAGAUGUUUUUCGGUUGACUGUAGAGGUUCAAAUCUGCUCUAAUGGUAAAUGUUUUAAAAGCACUUUGCAUCCUCAGAGUAAAAGUAUUUUUAAUCCUUGAGAUCAGCUUGCUGCAGCUUAGUUUUAGAGCCUUAAUCAUUUCACCGUAUCAAAUUUUGAUGAUGGAUGAAGUUUGAUGCUUGAGAACAUUUUUUAUUAUUUUAAACUGCAACCAAAGCGGCUGCUUCGAUCACCAAGUCCUCCGACAUUUUAUUUCAGACAAAAGCGACAGUAUCUGGAGUAGAGUUUGACAAACUUUACAGCAGAUUCAGACUAUCUACAGCCUUCUCACUGGACAUACUUGUAAAGUAACGAAAAAAGAAACGUCUCGUCCUGUGUGGAUGGAAAGAAGAUUUUCACAUCCUGGAUCAGUGUAGUUUUGGCUAAUAAAUCUUUAGGUUAGCUCUGCUAGAAACAGCUUUAAAGUCAAAAUAGGCCAAGGAAAUACUUAAAACAGUGAAAGCUGAAUCUUACUAUAAGAAUGAUUUGAAAUUGGGUGAUGAUGACAUUUGGAAGACUUUGGAGUUUUUCACUGUAGGAGCUACUUCUGAGUUCAACAUGCAGGUCAAUCUUGAUGAAUAACGUUACAGAAUUAGCGGCAUUGUGGGCCGAUAUGAUGCCGACACUGGCCCUAAAUUGGUCCAAGGCCUUACACCCAAUACCUAGCAAAGUCUGACAGCCAUAUCUGGCUCACAUUAAAUCUUUUUCGGUGCCAGAACACCGCCAACUGUGCAGACACUCAGCCACAAUUGAACCACCUCAGCUGGUUACCUGGGUUAUAGAUAUACUAGCCAAAACUAUGAAUAACACUUAUGUAAAACUGAAUUUUUUAAGAAUUGUGAGAUUUUAAAUGCAAGCCAGGCACACCAUACACUCAAGCGCUUUAGUCUAGAUAAGUAAUUUGUGCUCAAAAUAAAUCUGCAAAAGUACCUGCUUUCAAUCAAAUCGCUGAUUACGCAGCAGAGAUUGUAAUAAAUUUUAUUUUUUGAUAGAAAAUGUAAAUAUGUCAAUCAGCACUGUGUGUUAGAGGUUUUGUCGAGACAAAGGGUUUGAUUAGUUGAAGAGGCUGAAACGAAUGGAGGCGGCUGUGAAGGAAACAAGAUGGAUGAGAAACGAAAAAGACAGAAAAUGAAGGUUUAGCUAAAUGCAAAAUUCCUCCAUCUCCAUCCUUGUUUCGUGAAACAAACAUGAAGAAAUGAGUGGAGUGAGAGCAUUUCACCUGUUUCUAAUAAAAAUUAACUUGUUUCAAGAAUUUUAGAUACCAGUGCAGAUACUGAGCAAGACUGCACAGGGAAGAGGAAUUAUUGUAUUUAUAUUUUCUUAAUUUUGACGAAAAUUUAGUCUUGAAGGGGCAACACGAAGUCACAUUUGUUAAGAUGCUUAAGGGGAGCUUUUCAAUAAAUUCAAUAAAAAUGCCUGAAUUUGCACAACACACAAUCAUUUAUAAAACUCCUUGUGGUGAUUUAAAAAACAAAUCAAAACCUAAUCAAUCUAUAGGACACCUUCAGGUGAUUUCGGGACGUGAUUGGACGACACAGACAGUGAUCAGAGUCUGAAGAAACGCGGCAUAACUCGGAUAAAACAUCAUCUUCAGCCUCUCUGAGAUGUUUUCGGUGAUCACGUCGCUGUGUGUCACAUCUGUCUGUGCCUCAGUUUGCUGUGAUCUGUGCUUUGUGGUUUUUGUCUGAAAUUAAAAGUUAACUUUCUCCC